AUGGAGGCGUAUAUCGGAAGUACGCCUUGUUCUUUCGUGAGCAGGGGGCAAAAAGCAAAGCACAACUGCGAAACUCCCCGGCGCCGCGAAAUCUCCGGUGGCCUCCCCCACCUCCAGUCUUCCUGGCGGCGAAACCCCGGCAUGGCGAUGCUUCUCCGCCGACGCCUCCCAGCGACCCGCCUCCUCCGGCAGCUGCAAGCCGGGGCGGCGGCCUCCACCACCACCUCCUCCCCUCCCCCGCCGCCUCCUCUCCAAAAGCCUAUCGCCGCCUCCGCAUCCGCCUCGCCUUCUACGGCACUAGGGUCACGCCUAGGAUUCCCCAAUGCGAAAUCCCGCGCUUCGUCCUCGAGGAGUGCCGCCUUCCUCGCUGCCGGCGCGGCCGCCGCGCUCGCGUCGCUGCCGGUGGUGGCCUACGCUGAUGCCAAUGAGGAGGGCGUGGCUGACGACGCGGUGAGCACGGAUGCGGCGCCGGUGGAGGACUUGGCCCGCAAGGAGAGGAAGAGGAUAAUGGAGCUGAUUGAGAGCCGAGGAAUGCAGCCAGGGUCGUACCCGAAGUUUGAAGUUGCAAUCAAGGGCCAGAAGGUGGUUGUUAAAUUCAAUGUACCGUCAACCUGUAAUAUAUCGCGCCUCAUUGUUGAUCUCGUAACGCAUAUCGGACAUGAGGCAGAACAGUGUGUUGGUGGCUCAGAGAUACUAUUGCGUGCUUGGGACAGUGCAGCUGCGCGUCAAAUAACAUUGAAUCCCCCAAAAACGACAGCAAGCACUGGAGAGAACAAUGAAGAUUCUCUUUGUAUUUUGAUAUUUGAGCCACUUGUCGGAUCUGAAUAUGCUAUUAGUCCUUAUGAGAUUGAAUUCAUCAAGCCUGACAGUUUUAGUUCGAAAGAACUUGAAGGUUUGGUCAGUGCUUUAAAAAUAGCUGGGCAGAAAGAUGUUAAGACAUCAUCAGGGAAAGCGUCAACCAAAGGAAGUGGUCAGAGAUCUAAGCAUCUACCCUCUAUAGAAAAAACUGUAUCUGAUUUAGAGGAUAUGGGUGUUAGGGUCUAUGGGUUUGAUGAAACCUCUAGUGUUCCAAUGGAUGGCACUGUCAUGUGGGAGAACAUUGCUGGGUAUGAACAUCAGAAAAGGGAGAUAGAGGAUACUGUACUCUUGGCUUUACAGAAUCCUCAAAUAUAUGAUGACAUUGCUCGUGGUACACGUUGCAAAUUUGAAACAAAUCGACCUCGGGCGGUUCUGUUUGAAGGUCCACCUGGGACUGGUAAGACAUCUUCUGCUCGCGUUAUUGCCAAGCAAGCGGGAGUUCCACUAUUAUAUGUGCCACUGGAGAUCAUCAUGUCAAAAUAUUAUGGUGAAAGUGAGCGCCUGUUGGGAUCUGUUUUUUCACUUGCCAACAAUCUUCCUGACGGAGGUAUUAUUUUCCUAGAUGAGGUAGACUCUUUUGCUAUAUCUCGAGAUAGUGAAAUGCAUGAAGCUACUCGAAGGAUAUUAUCAGUAAUUCUGCGACAGAUCGAUGGGUUCGAGCAGGAUAGACGUGUGGUGGUUAUUGCUGCAACAAAUAGAAAGGAAGACCUUGAUCCUGCUCUCAUCAGCCGUUUUGAUUCAAUGAUUUGUUUCGGCCUACCGGACCAGCAGAGCCGUGCAGAAAUAGCAGCCCAAUAUGCAAAGCACCUAACAAAACCCGAGUUGGUUCAGUUUUCCCUUGCCACUGAGGAGAUGGCAGGAAGAGAUAUCAGGGAUAUUUGCAUGCAAGCAGAAAGACAUUGGGCAUCGAAGUUUAUCAGGGGACAAAUUCCAAAAGACGAGAAGGGGGAGCCCCCUCUUCCUCCAAUCGACGAGUAUGUCGCAUGUGCCGAACAACGAAGAAAGUCUUUACCAGAUAGAACAAGACCAGCAGCAUCCAGAUCCGGCCCACCUCUGAAAUUAGCUUGA